GCCGCAUGGAGAAGGUAACAAAAAGAUUCAUUAGGGCCAAUCAGUGCAAAGCGAGUCGUGGCGAAGGACAUGCGGAGAGGACCUGGCCAAAAGCGGCCGCCUGACGGCUGGGCUGGGUGGUUCAGCUACAAUAAUUCAUUGAUGCAUCGAGCGCCUGGCACGACACGCUUUCUCUUUUCGCCUCCGACUGGUUGGGGUCGCUCCGGAGCUGAGCUGAACAGGUUGGGUCGCUGGCGGGCACGACCCGGCAACGUAAACGUCAGGACUAACCUUUGCCCGAUGUCCUUCAAAGGCGCCGUCGCUGUGAAAGCAACAGCUGUGCGCUCUCUCUCGGCCAGCGAGCUUCGUCCUGCGGAGCUUUCUUCGACAUCUCACUUCCAGUUUCGAACUUGGCCAAAGCCCUCUUAUCAGAGCUUUCGAAAUAGGCGGAUUGAAAGGCGGCUCAAGCGAGGGCCAUACAAAAGUUAACCAGUUACUUUAGUAGUUUAGAAUUUAAUUUUUAAGAAUUUUUAUUAUAAACGGAUUUUUCCAUUGAUAUUAUUUUAUUAGUUUUCAUCUAGCUUACGAAUUAUUCCGUAAGCGGUAAAUCUGCUUGCCUGUGAAUUUAUAUCCGUGUAAAAUAUAUUUAUAAAUACAUCUCUUCUAACUAUAGUACGGACUCAAAAGUAAAACAUAUUUCUAAAUCAAAAACUUUUAUUAGCACUCUC